CGAUAUUAUACUCAUAUAAUUAUAGACCGUGUGCGCGCCACACCACACGACUUCACACAUCACGUCCGGACAUAGUACAGCACCGCCUGAACACGACUGGACGAAAAUCCCGCUGUCCGACCAGUGUAAUUAUCUCAGAUGGGCGCAAUAUGGAGUCGUCCGGCAGAUAUGCCAGCUUUAACAGCACCGGAUAUAGUUGACGAGCCCUUUGAAAAUACUGUUGUUGAUGCCAAAGACCCAGAUGAGUUCGACAGAUAUUUGGCCAGUAUACGCGAACGGCGGCAUGAUGCUCUUGCAUCGAUUAAAACUGAGAUGAAUCGAUUGAGAGAGUAUAAAGAAGAACUGGAAAUGGUGAGAAAAGAAAAAGACGGAUUAGAACAACAGGUCAAAGCCCUAAAACAAGUAGCGAACAUCAGCAAUGAUAUGUUGAAAAUCAGAGAAGCACAGGUGAAUGACUUAAAAAAGCGAUUGCAAGAAAUGGAAUCACAUGCAGAUGAAUGUUUAGCUGACUUGCGAGUGGAGUACCAAAAGCAAAUCGACAAUAUCAGGAAUUUACGUCGGCUUUACGAAGAAAGGGCAGAAGCAGCAGCUAUGGGCCAUGAAAGGGAAAUUAAUAAAGAGAGAGCUAAAAACUCUUUGCUAGAAGCAAAAUUGGCAGAAGAACUUAACAGUAAGCAAGGUAUGAAUGACUUUAUAGCAAAACUAGAAACAGAUGUUCAAGGCAAGCAAAUUGAAUAUGAACAGAUGAAAGCAAAAUACAUGACUACAUCAGCAGACAGGAUGAGUCUUGCAUCACAAAUGGCUUUAGUGAAUAAUUUAUUCUCUACUUUAUUAUCUGGCGACGAAGGACCAGACUUUGAUAGAUUUGCUCGGAUGCUAGAGGAAAAUAGAGAGUUGAUAUCCGACUUGACGUUCAACGGGGACAUAAAUGAAACGGCUUCUGUGUUAAUGGAUAUUGCUGGUGAUACAUUAGAGCGUUCUGAAGAAGUAGAAUGUACUUCAAACAGGGAAAAAAUUGCUUCAAAUCUACCAAAAGUUUGGAGAAUACUCGUUGAAUUGUUGGGUCAUUAUGACAAUAAAACGGAAAAUGAGUCUAAGCCAGACGAUCCAAAUGAAUCUAGGGUUGCUUCAGUGAGCAGAACAUUUUUGAAGCUUAAGGAUCUUAUCCUUGAAAAAAAUUCUUUGGUGAAAGAUAUCGGUAGACUGAAGACUCUCAAUGAUCAUUUGGAAUCUCGACUUGACCAUCAGCAACAAAGGCUUUCAACUGUAUCCGCAGAAUUGUGUAAGGCCUGGAGCGCUGUAGCCAAGCUUAAUGCUCAACAUAGAAAACUUCAUACUCAUGAAAAGAUUCUAAGGUACGAAUUACAACAUAAGAGAACUGUAUUAACUGAACUUAAACAGGAACUAGAGUAUUGUCGAGAGAAAUGGGAUCAAGCUCGAUUGAAGAAUACUCAAUCUCAGGAAGACUGGCAGUCAUUACGAGAAGAAUUUGCUCGGAGAAAAUGUAGUACAUCAGUAGAGAGUGGGUUCGAAGACGAUGAAAGCCGAGUGGCCAUUGCUGAUAGUGGAGCUUGUAGCGAUGACGAUGAGAACUGGUUAAAAACCUUAUCUUUGGACACCUCAGAAACAGAAACAGUAGACGAACCCCAGUCAGAAACUGAAACAACUGGGAUCAAAAGAUUAGAGAAACAGAGUAGAUCGUUGCUCAAUCAAAUGGUACGUACUUCUCGAACUAGUGACUCUAUAAGUGAGCGGCUAGAAGAAUUACAAAGACAAUACGGACGGUCUGGACGACCGACCACAUCUGAGAGUGAAGAUUCUUCGGAAGUUUUAGUUGAAAUACCAGGAACCAGUACUUCAACGCCGGUGACUUUACAACCAGACGAAGAAAAAAAUAUAAUACAAACUGAUGAAACAGUUGUAAGAACUGAAGAAGAAAGACUGCAACAAGAUGCAGCUAUAUUACGGCCUGACGAGGAGGAGAGACUUCAACGAAGAGCUGCUAGAUUAAAAAGACUGGAGGAACAAUGUUUGGGAUUAUUCAGACAAGUAAGUGAGACAAAUGCCAGGAGUGAUAUGAUAUCUGGUCGACUGGACGAGGUACAUGCUAGACAAGUAGCUAGAUCCAUUGAUCGGCAGACAACAUCAAAUACUACUCCUCUACCCGAUGAGACACCUGAAAAUGUAUAAUAUGAAAAAAGUAAAAACCACAUGAUUGAAAUGUUACAUUAAUGUAUGUAUAUUUUUUGAAUCAAAAACUACAGAAAUGACGGCCAAUACAUUUUAAAACGUAUUACAUUUCCGAGAAAUACAAAGAAUAUUAUUACAAAAAAAUAAUAAUAAUGAUUACGCACAAACAUGUUCUACUAUUUUACUGUUUCACAAAAUUCAAUACUAUUAUUAACUUUCUACAGUGCCACUAUAUAGGCCAUACAUAAUAUAUAAUGGAGUAAUAUUAGUUUAUUAUUGUUUUCGAUUUCGUAUUAUUUAUAUUUCCAUUCAAUAGUUUAGUAAUGAUAUUUUGUUAUAAUAACUAUGUAUAUGAUGCUAUAAUAUUAUUGUUGUUUAAUUUACGUGUGAUUUUAUGAGAUUUGUGAUUUUAUAUAAAUAUAUUGUAUUGAUUUAUAUAUUAUUAAAUCGUUACCCUGAGUAUAUACUAUAUUAAGAUAGUAUAAUGUUAUAUUUUGGCAACGAGAUCAUUUUAGAAUAAAAUUGCUAUUGUUUCUUUAGCGACUUUAAGUAGUCAACUUUGCUGAAGUUUGUGGUACUCUUAUUUUUUGUUUUUUUAAUUUUCACUAUUGACGUAAUAAUUAAUCCCCAAUUGCGUGUUAUAAAAACAUGUUUAUAAAUGUGUACAAGCUUAAAAGUUUAAAAAAAUGUGUUCA